CAGCGUCUCCGAAGCCCCAUCCGUUGCUGCCCAGAUUCUACCUGACUCACACCAUGUGUGUGCGAACUCUACUUCUUACAUCUUUACGAAAUGCGAUUUAACUUGAAUGUGGACCAUUUACCGUGUGCCUUUUUGCAACCUUUGUGACCUGCGUUUAUCAUCUCCUCCGAUCAAUCUAAUCUAAACCUCUCGCCGACUCGUCAAUGCUCGCAACAGAACCCACCGAUUUGGCCUCAAACUGGGACUUCUCCCAGGUGCUUGACCUUCUCAGGUCUCCCACUUAUGAGGGCAGCCCAAAUGUCUCUCAAUAUGUUGAUAUUCCCGUUGCUCCGGCCAGCAACGAACCGUCAAGUCAAAUUCCCUCAAGCAGUGCCAGUAGCUAUCCCAACGAAGUCAAACCCCAACAGCCUUCCGGGAAACUUGGAGACUUUAGCUUGAUCUGGGAUCUUUUUAGCAAAGAUGCCGCCUCUUCAAAGAAUGAUUCGGCGCCCGGAGAUACUUGGCAGCCUCCCCUCGACCGUCUCCCAGCUCUCCCAAUUCUCAAGCGACCUCUCCAUGAUGAACCCGUCAAAGGAACAACGUCAACUCCUCCCAAAUCUGUCCCAGUACCGAAGACCUCGAAGCCCCGAGUGACCAAGGAGACGAUCACCAAUCGAUCUCACCUUUUACCAGCAUCACCCGUUCAAGGACCUAUCACUAUUCUAAAGCACGCUGCAGGCAGCUAUCCUACCAAGAGCGAUGUUGCAGCUACAUCGCCUCCCAAAGCUCCACCGAAGGCUACCGGCAAUAAUACUAAGCCAACAGAAAUACCUCAAGCCAAUACCAGGAUCAAGCCUGCUGGAAAGUUUACCAAGUCGAAUAUCGACGCUGAGCCAAUACUCUCAGAAAGCAGCACGGGUGCAGAGUCCGACUCUAGUACCAUCGUGUUUGAUCAACCCAUCACCAAGAAGUCCGGAGUCCUCACAUUCGUUCCCGCUCAAGUGGGCGGUCGUGAUGCGCGAAGUAACCUUGAUGAUACUCCACCAUCAUCAUAUGACGAGGCUUGGACCCUCAAUUCGGAUGCUGUUCAAAAUAUCAUCACCACCUCUGCGGGGAUUCGAGUUCUCCCCGCUGCUUACAAGAGUGCGACGGAGCGUAGAAUCGGUUUGAUGACGAAGCUACUCCGGGAUUUCCCUGAGUACGCUCAGCUUGUAUUGCAAGUGGGCCGUUCGUCAACUUCAACCAAGAAAUGUGUCGAACCACCCCCUAUCCAUGUCUUCGUCGACAUGUCUAACAUCAUGGUGGGUUUCCACGAUUCGGUAAAAGUUUCGCGGAACAUCCCUGUCGCAACCCGCAUCCGCCGUCUACACAUGUCCUUCGCCAACUUCUCUUUAAUCAUGGAACGAGGCCGUCCAGCCGCCAAGAGAGUCUUGGUUGGCUCGGAUCGACUUCCCUCCAUCGCCGAAGCCGAACAACUCGGCUACGAGGCGAAUAUUUUAGAUCGUGUGCAUAAAGUGAAGCACACAACGCCGCGGCCAUCCAAAUUUCGCAAGGCCCCAGGGUCUGCAACUCACCCCACGUCCGGACCUGAAACGGUCUGCACAACUGGGGAGCGAUGGGUUGAGCAAGGUGUGGACGAAAUUCUGCACUUGAAGAUGCUCGAAAGUAUCGUGGACACGGACAAGCCGUCGACCAUCGUCCUGGCGACCGGCGACGCCGCAGUCGCCGAAUACUCUGGUGGAUUCAUGCGUAUGGUUGAACGUGCUCUUCAGCGCGGAUGGACUGUAGAACUGGUCAGCUUCUCGCAGGUGACAAGUUAUGCGUACCGGAAGAAAGAGUUCCGUGCGAAAUGGGGUCAGCAGUUUCGGAUGAUCGAGCUGGAUUCUUAUGUGGAGGAACUUUUUGAUUGAAUGAAGCGACGAUUCGGGUUUGAGCUCAUAUGCUUAUGACAUUAUGGUAGCAUAGUAUUUGACAGUCAAAUCAAUGGUAACCUAUCAUCAUCCUA